AGUCCAAGAAAAAACAUAGCGAACGGCCGUAUGCCCUCAAAACGACCCAAAUGCCUUUACGACGCUCUGAAGAGUACCCCCUAAUAAACGCAGAUAGUGGGGGUGACAAACCACUUGAUAAGCCAGCAGUCAUCCCAGUGGAAUGGAAUGUUAGUUGCACACCAACACGCCCCUCUUGGAUCUCAAGAUGGCCUCAAUUCGUAUCGGCUUGCUGGAUGUCGAUCGUGCUUCUGACGAUAAUGUUCGUCAUUUUCUACGCGUUUGGGAGCAUUUAUAGACUGCAGUCUGUAAUCCACAAAUACGAAUCCAAGCCUACCGGAGAAGUGUACUACCAUUACGUACUUCCAAGAGAUAAUUCCGUACAAUUCAAAACAUUCACAAACUACUUAAGUUUUAUGGCAACAGAAUAUCCUCUGCUGAAUUUUAACGUUCGUGUACUUAUAGACAACGCUCCACAGAGCCCUAUUUAUAAGAUCCCAAAGAAGUCGCUCUUCUCCGAAACAUUUUUCCCCGAAUAUACCGGUUCAGUCAGAUAUGUUUUUAUCAAAAACAACGAUCGAGAUAUUCAAGAACUUCAAAGAAAACAUCCGAAUGUUAAAGUUUCCGUAUUGUGUCUGAGCAAGUACACAGCAAAGACUCCAUUCCAAUAUAAUAGGUGGAGGUCUAUACCUAGCAUAUAUUUGCCGUUCUAUGUCAGCGCUUAUGAAGUUUGGAAGAAUGGUGGAAUCGGUCUUAACCUAUUGACGGAGAACCAGCGUUUUCAUUUGAUGAGACGGAUCGAUUUUAAGCUGGAUACUCUUUUAAAGCAGCACAGCAAAAGCGUCGAUCUUACCAAGUACACCCAGGCUCUUGAGAAAAUCGAUGUCAUUGAUGAAAGAGAGUUUUUCGCAUUAUUCUUUGAUGCUUUCAACGAAAUCCCCAGAAUGAUGAUUCAAACGAUAAAUUUUGGAAUAGCAUCUGACAACGGAAAUUUACGUCCCGUACAGAUGACUUCAGUUAAAGUAAAACGUAGUAUCUCUAGUAAUGAGAUUCUUGAAAAUACUCCUAAUGAUACAAAAACGAACAUUUCUUAUAUCAAAACGCAUGAUACUAUAAACAAGGAAAAUGAAUCUAAUGAUACAACCCAAAUAAAUAAUACAACUGACGUCAAUAAUAAUACCGUCAUUAUACAAAACAAUUCUGGAAUUGUUAAGGAACACGCCUAUCCCAAUAAUGAAAUAUUGUUAAGGAACACUCCUAUCCAAUAUAAUUUCCACAAAUACGAGAUUUCGCGUCUUUUGGAUAAUAUUCCGGCAUUUGUAGAUAUUGAAAAUACACCCGAUUUGUACAACAAAAAAAAUUAUCAAAAUAAUUAUUUAACUUUGAGCUCAGAUGGAACCGUCGUGGCGGCUUAUUCCCGAAACCAUCAAUUUCUGAGUAAAAUGCUCUUUAAGCCCAGACCUCACCUUAGUCCUCGGUAUGUAAUAUCUAAUACUUUGCAUCAGAGCUGCUUUAGAUCUAACCGUGCCGAUUAUUGUGAUUCCAUCAAGAUUUUGAAUAAUUUAUAAUUACAUUUAAAUUGAUGUCAAUAUGAUGGUUUGCCUUAGCUAGUUUUGCCCUAGAGUCUAGACUAUCAAUUUUAUUGUGAAAUAUCACAUAUUAUGCGAUAUUAUUGAACGUCUAGUGUUGAUAUUGAACGCGCCCUUUCAUUCUUAAGAGGAGUCCACACCUCU